UGACCUUGACAGACACCUCCAGGUCCUGGCCAGCAGCAGCUCAACUCACAUUUGUCUUCCCAGACACUCAGUAAACACCUUUGUGUCCUUUUUCUUUAGAGGAAGGGGUCUUGCUGAGCUCACCCUGAAAUAUAUCACCCUGGACAAAAGGGCUGAAAGGUUAAGGAGCUCCAGGGGGUGGUUCAGCAGGGAACUGGGGCCAGUCGCCUGCCAGAACCAAAGCUAUAAAGGCAGAGAGGGGCUAGGGACCACAUUCAACACGGAUGCUGCGAGUCCUGCCUUGCCUCCCACCAGCCCUGGGCUAAGAAGAAAAUGCUGGGGCUUCAGUCAUGGCCUUGCUCAUUUUUCCUCUUCUUGGUUCUGCUCUCUGCCAGCGUUCAGGCUGUGUCUUUACCAGGACAGAGGCUACAGAUGCUCCUUUCACAAUUGCUGCCUCUGGAGCCCGAGCCCACGCUGACUGAAGCGGACACGAAGGAGGGGUCCAGCUUUGAUCCUCAGCUGCUCUCCUCCACUCUCCCCUUCAUCCCAUCUGUGGCUAGAGCUGCCCGUCCAUCCCUCUGGCGCAAGAACCUCGCCAGUCGCAAGUGGGCACUGCCUGGAGAUUGGGCCUGGAAGGCCAUGCCCAGGGGUUGCUUCGGGCUGAAACUUGACCGAAUCGGGACCUUCAGUGGUUUGGGGUGUUAGCUUUGGAGGGUCUCCGAGGUGAGAGGGCCAAGAGUGUGGGCUCGAGCACCUGGGUAGGGAAGAAGUUCAGGGCAGAGUUGAGCG